UGUUUUCUGAAUCACACUACCUGGGAACAGAAGGGGAAACACAAAACCGCCCUUUGUAGGGCAAGGUGUAUCUGCUGGAAUGUGACACACGCAUGAAUAGACCUGGGGAGACAAACGAUGAGCGUGGAUGUUGGCUUUUGAUGUCUGUGAUGACGAAAGCCCUGGGGAAUGCAAAGCAGAGAGAAGAAGGGCUUUUCCAAAGCAACGCCCCCCUCCAACCUUGGAGAUAAAAGGAGCAUGGGGCAUGAGAGAGCCGUUAGUUCCCUCGGCCGUUUAGAAAGCAGCAAGAACAUCUCUCUGGGCUUGAGUGUCUCCAUUUCCUGGCAGCCAUGACCACCACCUUCAGGCAAUACACCUCUUCCUCCUCGAUGAAGGGGCCUUCCUUUGCUGGGGGUUCCUCCCGGCUUUCCUCUGUCCAUAUGGGUGGAGGAUACAGAGCCCCGAGCAUCCAUGGCGGAGCUGGUGGCGUCUCCAUCUCUUCCUCUCGCUAUGUCUCUGGGGUAGGCAGUGCCCUUGGUGGUGGCUAUGGGGGCAGCUUCUGCAGCAGCAGCGGCCUUGGUGGUGGGUUUGGUGGUGGGUUUGGUGGAGGCUACGGUGGAGGCUAUGGUGGAAGCUUUGUUGCUGGUGGUGGCGAAGGCCUUCUGGCCGGGGGUGAGAAGGAGACCAUGCAGAACCUGAACGACCGCCUGGCUAACUACCUGGACAAGGUGCGGGCGCUGGAGGAAGCCAACACCGAGCUGGAGUUUAAGAUCAAGGAGUGGUACAAGAAGCAAGCACCUGGUCCAGACCGUGACUACAGCCCAUAUUUCAAGACCAUUGAGGAUCUGCGGAGCAAGAUUCUUGCUGCCAGUGUUCAGAAUGCCAGCAUCCUCCUGCAGAUUGACAAUGCGAAGUUGACUGCUGAUGACUUCAGAACCAAGUUUGAGACAGAGCAGGCCCUGCGCAUGAGUGUUGAGUCUGACAUCAAUGGUCUGCGCAGAGUCUUGGAUGAUCUCACACUGUCCAGAUCUGAUCUGGAAAUGCAGCUGGAAAAUCUAAAGGAGGAAUUGGCUUAUCUGCACAAGAACCAUGAGGAGGAAAUGACUGUCCUCCGAAGCCAAAUCCGUGGUGAGAUCUCUGUGGAAAUGGAUGCUGCUCCUGGGGUGGAUCUGACCAAGAUCCUGGCGGACAUGCGUGAGCAGUACGAGACAUUGGCAGAGCAGAACCGGAAGGAUGCUGAGCAGUGGUUCUUCAGCAAGACUGAAGAGCUGAACCGCGAAGUUGCCAUGAACACGGAGCAGCUGCACAGCGGCAAGUCAGAAAUCACAGAACUGAGACGAACCCUCCAAGGCCUGGAAAUAGAGCUGCAGUCCCAGCUUAGCACGAAAGCAGCACUGGAAGGCAGCUUGGCAGAGACGGAGUCCCGCUACGGAGCCCAGCUCGCCCAGAGCCAGGUUAUGAUCACCAGCGUGGAGGAGCAGCUGGCUGAGCUGAGGUGCGACAUGGAGCGCCAGAACCACGAAUACAAGAUCCUCCUUGAUACCAAGACCCGCCUGGAACAGGAGAUCGCCACCUACCGCCGCCUGCUGGAGGGAGAGGAAGCCCACAUUUCUUCCCAGUAUUCGUCAGCAAUUUCUAGCGGACCCUCAACCACCCGCCAAGUCCGCACAAUUGUCGAGGAGGUACAAGACGGAAAAGUGAUCUCAUCUCGUGAACAGGUCCACGUCUCUGGCCGUUAAGUCUGCACCUUGAACACAUCAGCCUUUCCUUGUCAUUUGAGAUACUGCUCUGAUUUUUCCUUUCCUGCUUGUCUUCUUACCAGCCGCAAUUUGAGUUCUUGUACGGCUGCAUACCCAAGGCUCUAAUAAAGUGUGUUCAUUCCAGCAAA